AUGAAGUCGGGAGCUGCGUCGAAGCCGCCUUCGAUCCCGGCAAGCCACGCGUCCGCGAGCGGCCAGGUCUCGUUUCCCGACGAGGAUGUAUGCCGAGACGGGCAUCCAGACGGGUCCACCUGCACCAAGCGCCACUCGGUGCCGCAGUCCAUCGAGCCAUACGAUGCGCUCUUCGAGAUGUCGGACGAUGGCUUACUACCUUCCAGCGAGAUGGCACCCAUCUCCGAGUACUACCCGAGCACUGUGCAGCGAGAGUUCACCAGCGCGGAAACACCAGUGGCCAGGAGCGGGACGACACAAUCGCAAAUUAGUGGCCCAAUCAGGCGCCUCAUUGUGGAAAGGCACGAUCAUCGCUUCAGAAACCUAAUGAUUGCUUUUUGUGUUGCCGUAGUGGCAUCAGCUAUCAUCGUCAGCGCAUGCGUCACACACUACGUUUUCAAGCACGUACCAGUACGUGUGCUGACAGGAUGUACGAGUCAAGCUUGCUUGCAAUACGAGGGCCUGGUUUCUAGCUUUCUGAACGUAAGCGUGGCACCGUGCGAGGACUUUUACACCCAUGUGUGUGGAUCUUGGAGAUCUGAUCUCGGCAAGCUCGGCGUGUCAGACACGGCACUGACAACUUACCAGAGAAGACUAAGUCGACAAGCUUUUCUCCAGUCGGUGCCCGCAUCAGGUCAAACGCCCGAGCAAAAGGCGACAAAAAUGUUCACGGCUUGUUACAAUGUCGUCGACAAGAAGGUUAGCUACGUGGAGUCAAUCCGCAAAGUGAUGUCUGAGGCGGGACUGCCGUGGCCUCACGUCAAUUCCCGUACAGACAUAUUGCAUUCCAUAUUUGCAAUGUCGACCUGGCCCAUUCCAGUUCUUUUUCGGAUUGCGUUCACAAAUUUGGUUCGAGGAGGCGGCCACCUCAUCAUCAGGUCAAUCACGCUUGGCGUUUUCGCAGAGCACAUACGGAGAGAGAAGGACGAGAAGCAACGGGAAGAGUACUUCCACGUAUUUAAAAAAUACUUUGAAAAUGAGAAGUAUAGAAGGAGCAUUACCUAUAAUGAAACCCUGUCUGUAGAGAAGAGCGUGAUUCCGGCACUUGGAAGGUCGCUUAUUGGAACACCUAAAAUCCUUCGAACCCACACAAGUGAAUUAAACAAGACGGCACCCUCCGUUCCACUGGAAUCGUGGCAACGGGAGCUCAAACGUCGUUUCAACACGUCUACCGCCAAUGUGACCAUCUAUGGCAUUCGUUUCUUCGAAGCCUUCUUUGAGCUGCACAGCACGCUUGGUGAACGCGCAAUGAAGGAGUACUACGGUUGGUUUGUAGCGGAAGCCUUCUUGCCCUACACAAAUGCUCACAUUCUUCGCAAAUUUCACGGGAGCGACGAAAGAGUCAUGGACGAGCAGAUGAAAGUCUGCCUCGGCUUCACGGGAGUCGCUGGUUACGCCCUCGACGUGAACUACUUGAAGAGCACCACCGACAAAAAGGUUCUGGAACAGGUGACACAGGUUGGAGCAAGACUCAAGGACGCCUUCCAUGAGACGCUCAGGCGAAAUAAUUGGUUCCAAGAGGGCCUCGUCACUUUGCCAGAGAUGGACCACGCCGAGAUAUUACUCGGCAUGCUAAGCAAGUCCGGAGAAAAGAAGUGGCUGCCUGACAUGACCGACGACGCGAUCAGGAACUUGGAAGCAUUGUCGUCACUAUCGCUUGCCUCGGGCACGACAGAGAAAGCACCUUCUUCAUCCUCUGAAAAAUACCAGCCCGAGAAUGGCCCUCUCGUCCCAGAAGAAGUUGCCGAUCCACCGCUGACACUGGCGCCAUACCAUUUCUCGUUUCCUUUCCUUAUGGUGGACGCACCCGUAUCCGUCAUCUACGCUGGAAUCGACUCGGUACUAGCGCGGCUCCUCUUCCAGCACCUCUUUGCCGCCCAGCAAAGAUGGAAAAGCACGACGCUGGAAAAACUACACGAACGAAUGGGUUGCGUCUACACGGCCGACGAGGCGACCGUUUUGGACCGAGCCACGAGGGACGACGUUGUUGUGGUGACGGCGGCCACUAGCACCUUGUGGAAUGCGUUCCUGUCUGCCGCUUCGUCAACUGGGUCAAACGUUUCGUCUCCAGCGACUGAACUGGAUUCGCAGUUGCCGAAGCUUUCGGAGCGGCAGCUCUUUUUCUUGAUUUUGUGCCACAGCACGUGCGGGGACCCAGCUGGACCAAUGCGGUGCAAUGUGCCACUUAUGAACAGCGAGGCGUUUGUGGAGACUUUCUCGUGCCAGCCGGGAACACCCAUGCACGCCACACACAUGUGUCCUGUAUUCCGUUAA